UUCUUGGCACUGAUAGCGCCCACAAAAAUCCAUUCGGUUCUUACGAAGCCGUCAGGAACGCAAUUCUCAUCGCAUCCCAUCCUAACGUUUUCUUGCUCAUCGCCCAUUCUCCCCACUGCCUCUAGCUCGGAUCUUCUGUCGUCCCUGCGAACCCAUCCCGGCCCGCCCGUGUGGAAAGGCGGGUGCAGCUCGAACGAAAGGCCAGUGCCGUGGCUUUAGUAAGCAGCGAGAAGCCACAUUCGGCGAGGCUUCUGCCUUCUCUGGUGUCCAGGCCACAUUCUGCGGGUCCGCCAUCCUCCCUCAGCUAUUCGUUGAUUUCUUCACAAGCGCCCGGUUGGGAACGAGUGGUUUGGAACGAGCAUCACGCGGAGAGGUGGGCAAGAGGACGCGACUCGAAAGUGACAACCAUGGCGACGCCUCCGUCUUCCGUGCCGAUGGGCACGUGGACUACGGGCCUCUGCGGUUGCAUGGAGGACUGCAGCUCGUGCUGCUGCGCCCUCUGGUGUCCGUGCAUCGUCGUCGGGCGAAACGCGGAGAUUGUAACGGAUGGCUUCACAGACUUCAGCACCGCCUCCUGCCUCUGGUUCCUCAUUGAGAUUCUAGUCGGCAUGGGCUGCCUCUACUCCUGCGGCUUCCGCCAGAAGCUGCGUCAGAAGUACAUGCUGCCAGCCAAGCCGUGCGGGGAUUGCUGCGUGCACUUCUUCUGCUUCUACUGCUCCAUCUGCCAGGAGUACCGCGAGCUCAAGAACCGUGGCUGGGAGCCGAGCCUCGGUUAUUCGGGCAACACUCGUCGUUUCAUGGCUGCGGGUAAAGUGCCGCCCACGGGUCAGCGGAUGGCACGCUGAAAAGCCUGACAAGAGGAUUGCAACAAGAUAAAUGUGACAGAAAUGGGGUGAACCGAAGAAAGUGGGACAUGGUAAAUAAUAUCUCAAUGCCUUCAGCUGCAGGCUCAGGGAUAAUAAGAUGGUUGGAGAGGCACAGUGCUUGUUACAUCGCCUUUGGUCCAUCCCUGCUGUUUAUUUUCUCUUUUCUUCAAGUUUGUUUUGUUUUUAGAAACCGGGCGUGGGUGUUAACCUCUUAUGUGUUCCUCACCCAGUUUUAGGAAACCAGUAUAGGACUAGUGUAAACUGUUCUGAUUUUCAAUGUCAUGAAAGUGCUGCAUGUUGUCAUACAAAGAGGUGAAUGAUGGAUGGAUU